UGAAAGUAACCAAAGCAAUCAAAAUCAUCAUGAAUAUAUUCAAGACAACUAUGAAAGCGAUUAUAAUUAUGAAAAUGACCAAAGUUACCAAUACGAUUAUGAAAGUGAUCAAAGUAACCAAGAAUUAACAUUAUCUAAUAAGAAUAAAAAAUUAAAAACUAUAACGAAAUCCAAACCUGCUUUCAAAAAUUCUUGGCUUAAUGAAUUUAGAUAG